GAGGCGAGCGGAGGCGGGGUUUGAAAGCGGGAGGCCACGCCCUUCCCCCGGCAGUUCACAGAGGUGUACAAGAGGUUAGACGAGGAAGGCGAGAGAUAGCCAAUGAGCGGUCGCGUGGCGCGAAGAAGGCGGGGCCUAAAGGAGAGAUUGGCGCCAGGCCAGCCAAUCGCGUGCGGCCGUCGUCAGUGUUCCACGUCGGCAUCGGAGCGACCAAGAUGGAGGCGCUGAUCUUGGAGCCCUCUCUCUACACAGUCAAAGCCAUCCUGAUUUUGGACAAUGAUGGAGACCGUCUGUUUGCCAAGUAUUAUGAUGACACCUACCCCACUGUCAAGGAGCAAAAGGCCUUUGAGAAGAAUAUUUUCAACAAGACUCACCGGACAGAUAGUGAAAUUGCUCUCCUAGAGGGACUGACAGUCGUUUACAAGAGCAGCAUUGACCUGUAUUUCUAUGUCAUUGGUAGUUCCUAUGAAAACGAGCUGAUGCUGAUGGCUGUGCUCAACUGCCUCUUUGAUUCACUCAGUCAGAUGCUGAGGAAGAAUGUGGAGAAGAGAGCGCUCCUGGAAAACAUGGAGGGUCUUUUCCUGGCUGUGGAUGAAAUUGUGGAUGGAGGGGUGAUUCUUGAGAGUGACCCCCAACAGGUGUUACAUAGAGUUGCUGUACGGGGAGAGGACGUCCCUCUUACAGAGCAGACAGUCUCACAGGUAUUGCAGUCAGCAAAGGAACAAAUCAAGUGGUCGCUACUGCGAUGAGGAGUCAUGUGGGAUCCCACCCAUUGACCUACUGUGUCCCCACCUGCCUUUCCUGCCCUGUCUCGCACUGACCAAAAUAUAACAUGACCACAAUUUUUGACAUAUCUCAUAUCCUGAUCUUAGUCUCAUCACUGUCCCUAUAGUUGUUGGUGCUAGCGCAUAGGGGUGGGGGAGCCAGUGAGGGCCAGGCUGUUUUCAGAAUUACAUCAUAUUUCAGGGGAACACUCCUUCCUGUAGGGGAAACAUCUUCAUAUCUUAUAUUGUCUGUCCAAUCUGGCUGUCUUCUCCCAACCUUUAAUCCAGAAAGGCAUUUCCUUUUAACUGUAUGAUAGAGGUUUUUCCCUCUUGGGCUCUUCAGCCUUUUCCCAGUUCUGCCCAUAGGCCAGCAUGUGAUGACAUGAGAGCCUGUUUGUGUAUGACUGACACCCAGAUAUAUGCCCCCCUGCUCCUUUACAGUCACAGCCAUAUGGGGCCUGUCUCCAAUCCACCCAUCCCCCAUGCAGUCCUAGCCUGGGCCAAUCUUUCCAUGUGGACUUAGUGCCAGAGAUUUACCUAGAGCUGGUGUGGGCCCUAUACAGCCAAUUGUAAUUACCUACUUGAUACAUUGCAUUUGAUCCAAUUCCUGCAGCUGCUACUUGAAGGCAUCCAGCAAGAGGAGUACCCUGGCCAUUGGUCCCAUUCUUGAACAACACUUACUGUCAAAGCAGUUUCUCCUAGUGUUCAUUCCAAAUAGACCUUUUUAUGAUUUAAAGAAUCAUAUCCAGGCCUGUCUUCUGGGGUGGCAGAGGAAAGGUCUUUCCCCUCUUCCAUUUAAUCACAGUGCUUUUGAAGAGUUCCAUCUUAUCUCCCCCAAAAUCUUCAGGUUAAACAUUCCAUUACCUCAGUCCUUCUAGUAGUUGAUAUCUGUGCCCGUUCGUUAUCUUUGUUGCCAUAUUCUAAACCUGUUCAUUUGUCUAUAUCCUUUUAAAAGUAAGGCAUCCAGAACUGGAAACCUAUGCACGAAGUCUCUUUAUUGCCUGUAAUUUGCAAAAUAUGGUUCUGUUAGUGGAGUUCUAAAGUUUUACUAAUGGUUGCACAGGACAAUUUGACAUUGCUUUUUAUUCAUAGAUAAUUGAGGUGAUAUCUUAUUCAUUUUAUUGGACCAUCUUCUGCAACUGUAAGAGAAAUACUCAAGGCUUACAGAAUUCUGCCUUAAGAUGGGCUUUCAGUUUGCUGUGACCCUGUAACAGGGAUGGGCAACUUGUGACCCUCUGGGUUUUUGGGCUGCAGCUCACAUAAUCCCUCACUACCAGCUAUGCUGCCUUCAGCUGAGGGAGUUGCAGGUAAAGAAAUAUUUAAGGACACUUGCCCACCUCAGUUCUGUAGGAACAUUUUCAAAAGUGUGCAAUUGGUUGUAUAAUUCAUCUCCUUAAGAAUUCUGAUUAUCUUUUUGUCUUAAGUGUUGGCAAAAAUUGAAUCUUCCAGGAUUUGCUGGAAUGCAACCAUCAUCUCUGGUCAGCACAGCCAAUGGCAAAUGAUACUGGGCAUUGCAGUUCAGCAACAUCUGGAGAGCUGACUCAGCCCACCCCCAAUCUAGCUCUGGGGUUAUGAGAUAUGUUUGAAGUACCUGCUGUAAGCAGAGAAGUGCCCAGAUGUCCCUUCCAGUCCUUGGGGUCACAUAGAGGUCUUUGCCAUUCUGCAUGACUAGCAAAACAAAAAUUAGGUUGUGACCCUUUACUGAAUUACCUGGAAGUAAGCUCUAGUGAAAUGUCUAGAAUUUACUGUUGACUAGAUAUGUGUAGGCUUGUACUAUACAUUAUGCAGAACAGUAGUUUGAAAAAUAAAUGAUACAAGGCAAACUGAACAGUUUAA